CUGGAGCGUGCGCGUAUUGCAGCCACUGUGUUUCUCUCGAUGGGGUCACAGCCUAAUGACAGUGUUGGCCGCCCGGUUGAGGCGAGAUGGUGCGCGGUGACCGGCAGCCGGGGGUUCAUGGCCAGGCACCUGGUGGCCGCGCUGCUCCGCUCCGGCGAGUGGUGUGUGCGGGUCACCGACCUUGCCCCCACCGUCAUGCUCGGCUCCGGCGAGAUAGAGGGGCUCCUCGGCGAUGCCCUCCGUGACGGCCGCGCCGUCUAUUCCUCAGCGAAUGUCUGCAAUCUGGACCAGCUUACCAAAGCUUUUGAGGGGGUAGAUGUCGUUUUCCACACAGCUGCUGCGGAUCCUAGCAAGAAUGACUUGCAACUUCAUUACAAGGUCAACGUCGAGGGGACGAAGAAUGUGAUUGAUGCUUGUAAGAUCUGCAAGGUUAAAAGGCUUAUAUACACCAGUUCCAGUGCCGUUGUAUUCAAUGGAGUUCAUGGACUUUUCAAUGUAAAUGAAUCAAUGCCGUACCCAGAUAAGUUUCCUGAUGCUUAUGCACAAACCAAGGCAGAAGCAGAGAAGUUAGUCCUGAAGGCCAAUGGCACAAAUGAGCUCCUAACAUGUUCCAUACGUCCUGCUAGCAUUUUUGGCCCUGGUGACAUCCUGGUGCCAACUUUGGAUUGCUAUGGAAGAAAGAUGUUUAUUAUUGGUGAUGGACAGAAUUGUGAUGAUUUUGUAUAUGUUGAAAAUGUGGUGCAUGGUCAUCUCUGUGCUGAGAAGACUCUUUCUACUCAAGAUGGUGCAAAGACCAGUGGAGGGAAAGCCUACUUUAUAACUAAUAUGGAGCCAAUAAAUAUGUGGGACUUUCUAUAUAUGGUUCAGGAAGAACUUGGAUACAAAAGGUCAUUCAAGAUAAGAAUACCUUUACUUGUUAUCGUGCCUGUGAGCUAUGUGGUAGAGUGGGGAUACAAGGUACUAUACCACUUCGGAAUGCGUCAACCUCAAAUGAUAACAGCGGCAAGGAUCAAGUAUUCGACACUCAAUAGAACAUUUAGUUGUAACAAAGCUGUUGAAGAGCUUGGUUACAGACCUGUUGUGUCACUUAAGGAUGGUAUGAAGAUAGCAGUUUACUGGUAUAUUCGCUUGAGAGAUGCAGAUUACCUUGAACAGAAAAGGUUAUCAUGAAGACAAUAUUUUGUUUUGGAGAUUUAAAAUAAUUCUUCAGAAAAUUUCAUGAGCAAAGGUCAAAAGUGAUGAUGUCUCCAUAAAUAAAAUGCUAGUGUUUACAUUCACCAAAUCUCUUGAAGCAAGAUCAACUGUAAUGGAGUGUAAUUUAGUUAUGGGGAAGGAUGGAUUGGAAGUCCCAAAUGAUUCGGAAUGUGCUUAAAUUAUAUUACCUAAAUGAUAUUAUAUUUUCCUUUA